ACAACAAUAGGGAGCUACACUUUCAGUUGCAGCCACACAAGCGACCGAGCCAGUCAGGGGAAGGAACUCUCUAUCUGCCGCUCGGCACUGCUCUGGAGCGCUCGUGUGUUUUAACUAUCUCCUUCCUUUUCACCGUUCCUUGCAGCCGUGUCACUUUGCCUCUUUUGGCAUCUUUGUUCUUUAACUUCAAAUUUGACACAGCGACAAAAAGGACCAUUUUUAUCUAUCCAUUUUUUUUCUCCAAACUGUGGAGUAUUGAGACUUGUCUGUUGCGCCUUGGGAACCUCUUGAAGGGUUUAGAGGGGAUUUUGGGGAGGUGUCCAUUCAACGUCUCAGCGGUCCAGGGAGAGUGUUUUUUUAUUAUAUGCGAUUGAGUUGAGCUGGACUUGAACUGGACUGGUGGGUGCAGAGUACUGGGAUCUGUAUCUGUUGCACUCGUUCGGGAAAGUCAGUGGAAGUGUUUUUGUAAGGGAGCUUUGAGAGGGUGUCCAGCGCGGGCGGCCAAAGGCUCUGCUCUGGUCUGGUUGGGUGUCAGUCGGAUGCCUCUAGACAUGGUGCUGGGGCCCAUAACGGAGGAGCGCUUCUGGCCGCAGCCACUGGCUCGCAACGGCCACCACCACCACCACCAACACCAACACCACCACCAGCACCGACCUGACAUGAAGCUGAAGGUCAGAGUGCGGCGCUCCAAACAGGGACGCGAUGUCAGAGGUGGCUUCGCUGCGUUCUCCUCCUGUUUCCCGGGGCUGUGUGAGGGGAAGCCGGCGGUGAGCCUGCCCAUGAGCAUCUCCCAGCCCUGCCUGCCUGCGCCCAACGUGGGCCCCACGCGCAUCCUGCCCCACCUCUACCUGGGCUCGCAGAAGGACGUGCUCAACAAGGAGCUGAUGGCUCAGCAUGGCGUCACGUAUGUGCUGAACGCCAGUAACACCUGCCCCAAGCCCGAGUUCAUCCAGGAGAGCCACUUCAUGCGCAUUCCCGUCAACGACAACUACUGCGAGAAGUUGCUGCCCUGGCUGGACAAGACCAAUGCCUUCAUCGACAAAGCCAAGGUCUCCAACUGCCGCGUGAUCGUGCAUUGUCUGGCUGGAAUCUCCAGGUCCGCCACCAUCGCCAUCGCUUACAUCAUGAAGACAAUGGGCCUGUCAUCAGAUGACGCAUACCGGUUCGUGAAGGACAAGAGGCCGUCUAUCUCGCCCAACUUCAACUUCCUGGGCCAGCUGCUGGAGUUCGAGAAGGGCCUGAGGCUGCUGCAGACGCUCUCCUCCACGGACCUCUCCAGGUCUGGCCAGGACGCCCAGGAAGACGCCUCGGGCUCCACAUCCGGUGGAGGUGACCAGGGGGGACCAGGGGAGAGGUCAGGCCAGACUAAAGACACCUCCUCGGAGGGCCAGGAGUGCGGAGGAGGAGGAGAGGGCUCCAAACAGCUGCAGCAGGGCUCCCCGGUCUCCCUUCAGCAAGGCUUCAACGGCCUCAACCUGUCGGCCGAGCGCAUCCUGGACACCAACCGCCUCAAGCGCUCCUUCUCGCUGGACAUCAAGUCCGUGUACACGCCCAACAACGGCGGUGGCGGCUGCGGCAACGGCACGUUCCGGCCCGUGCCCACCCACUCGGACGACGUGCCCAAACUGUGCAAGCUGGACAGCCCCAGUGCGCCCAACGGCAUCUGCGCCUACUCUCCCGCUUCGGACAGCGGCGGCUCCAUCGAGUCGCCCGGGCUGGUGCUGUCGGGCAUCACUGGCUCCGGUAGUGGCGGCGGCGGGGCAGGGGAGGGCCGCACCCGCUCCCGGCGGAAAUCCUCCAAGCACAGCGUCAGCAGCGUAGGCAGCUCUCCGGUGCACUCCCUUGGCUUGGGCCGCUCCCAGCCCGUGCACAAGAGCCCUAGCCUGGACCUGAGCCUGCAGCCGGGGGGGCAGCAAACACCGGGCCUCUUCCUGGGACUCCCGCCGCUAGGCUCCGGCCCCAUGUGGACCAAGCACAGGGACACGGUGCAGGCGUCCACUCCUGUCACGCCCGUCACGCCCACCGGUGACGUGCCAUGGUUCUACGAGUCCCUGGUUGGUGGUGGUGGUGGUGGCGGCAGCAGUGGUGGUGGCACCAGUGGAGGGGACUUCAGCGCCGGAGGUUCAGCCCACGCUGCUCUGGGUUGCAGCAGCCUACCCAGCGGGGGCAACUCCUCUUCCACAUCCUUGUCCGCCGCCACGGCGUCUUCAUCAUCAUCAUCAUCGGCGGCGGGUUGCGUUCGGGAGAAGGCCGGCGAGCUUCGAGACGCCAGGGCUAGCUGGCACGAAGACGCCAGUGCCGCCGCCGCUGCCAGCUCCUCGGCACAGAGUCAGACCGACAAACAGUUCAAGCGGCGCAGCUGCCAGAUGGAGUUCGAGGAGGGCAUCUCGGAGACGCGCUCCUGCGAGGAGCUGGGCAAGAUGAGCAAGCAGUCCAGCUUCUCCGGCAGCAUGGAGAUCAUCGAGGUGUCCUGACAGGUCCCGCGCUGCUGGACAGAACAGCGACCCGCAGGGGCCUGAGAGAGGGGCGCGAGAGAGACACUAACAGCAGGGGUGUCAAAAACACCUGGUUCAGAAGUGAGAACCCCGCCACGGUUUCCACCCAACACAAACUGAGGUCAAUGAGUAAGCUGCCUACCUGUCUUGAGUACUCAUUACCGUCAGCUGAUUCAGCCGAUGCUGCUGUUUGGAUCAAAUCAGUGGCAGGGUUUUUACGUUUUGAACCCGGGACUGAUAUCUCCUCAGAUAUAGAGACAGAGACCUUACUCUCCACGCCAUGGAGGGAAGGACACUGGGGUGGGUGGGUGGGAUGGGUGGGCUUUAGGAUUGUGGGUAAUUUAUAAUGCACAGCGCUUUUUUUGUUGUUUUGUCUAGCUUUUUUGUUGUUUUUUUUAAAAAUCGCAUCCAUGCGACACAAACUCUUGGUAAAGGACUUCAACCAAGGACUUCAGUUUUUUUUUUUAAUGGGAUAUUUCUCAGCAGCAAGAGAGCGUGAGGUGGGCAGAGUUCAACAUCUUCUAUACAGCACACAGACUCUUAUGACUCUAUGGUGAAAAAGCCUUGGCUGGCUAUGGAUGGACUUCAGGUGUGUGUGUGUGUGUGUGUGUGUGUGUGCGUGCGUGUGUGCGUGCGUGCGGUUGUGUAUCUCCCAGGGAAGCACUCGCCAAACAGUGGAACCCCCCUCCCCCCAUCAAGCACAUUGUGUGGUGAAGACACACAGCUGUAUUCUGAGGACAGUGAAUCACACACUCUCAAUGUGUACAGAUGAAGGACCGUGUUUGUGUGUUUGUAUGUGUGUGGUUCAGUGAAUAGUCCAUCCCCUCAACCAAAAGUAGAUCUCCAGACAAUUUCUGGGUCCUUUUUUGUUGGAAGGACAUGCUCUUAUUGUCUCACUCUAGCCCCAUAAUGAAACCCCAUCUCCCCCCAGUGUUUGCAAUUUAGCUAGCUGUGGUUUUAAAGGGGUUUUUGGGGUGGGGGUUGGGGGGCGGGUUUAGUAGCCGCCGGGGUCCCUUUUGUGAUUGGUCAUCAGCACGAUGCCUCCUUUUGGAUUGGUCAUCCGCUGCACGAUGCCUCCUCCCUGAUGUCAUCUCCUCCUAGCACUGAGCAUGCUGAACAGCUGCUGGUCCCGUAUUGACAGACUCUAUAUAUCUUCUAUUACGAAUAGCUAUUUUAAUGGACUACAAUGUUUCUCCCAGGUUAUAAAAUUCAUUUAAUUUAUUACUAUAUGUUCAUUCUGGUAAUGAGAAAAUAAUAUAAUGACUGUGUAAGUUUCUUUGUGUUGAUUGCAAUUUUUUUGUUGCUGGAAGAUAUUUAUAUAAAACACAUACAAGCAUACACACACACACACACACACAACAAUAAGCAAUAGCGCUGUUUCCCCCUCCCAGUAUGCAUUUUUGGGCUGUAGCGAGAGCACUCCUAGGCCUGGGAUCAUCUGAUGUGAAGGGUACCACAAUGUUCAGAUUUAAACAAAAAACACCCGUAAUUACAUACCAUACAGUUUUGGCCAGCCAAGUGGGGUCUGUGCAUGACGUAGAACAGAACAGUCUUGCCUCCCUGUUUCAGGGGUUAUUAUAAAACACAGUCUACUCGAAGUAUCUGAAGGAACAGUCCCAGAGAAUUGACGGCAAUGUGCUUUCAGUUACGAAUCAGUAUUUUUUGUUAUCCCUUUCUUUGGCAUAUUGUGUUUGUCGGAUUAUUCUGAGGAAUUUAUAGUACUGAAAAGCACAACGAAAAUAACUCAAGAAGAGGGAGAAAUGAGGGAGGAUUUUUUUUCGCUUCUCAGCCCUUUCAGCAACUUUGCAUAUUUAUACUUUAUUUAUUGUCUGAAGGUUGUUUGAGUGUGUAUGGAAGGGAGAGAAUGAGUGAAGCCCAAGCUCUUGAAUUUAGAAUUGGACAUGGUCUUAGGUUCAUCUUAGAACUUCCUCAGAGACUUAUUUUCCCUUUGCUAUAGGUAGCCUAACCACACAUCACCCUUCAUCAUCCAUCUAAAUAGCGUUCAAGCGUAUAUCUUGAUCUCUCUGCUGGCAAGGUCUCGCAACAUAUUUAAAAAUACAGUGUUCAUUCAACACUUGGGGAGUCAAUUCAACAACUUCUAGAGGGGGUUUGGUCCCACAACACUCUCUGUGUGUUGAAUUAACGCUGCACUUUUACUGUGCAUGGCUUGAGAUGUGACCUGAAGACGGAUGUAAACUUAACUCCGUGCUUGACGUCCUGAACUAUGGGCUAGUCUCUGGGUCUGAUGCUACACUACAGUACAACCACCAACCUGCACUUCUCAGGGGGAGUUCCUCGAUCGCCAAGCCCAACGCCAAGCACAGUACUCCAGCACAAUCAUGGUGUAGUGCACGUUCUACAUCCCUUCAUUAUGCUCUCUCUCUCCAUCCAUCCCUCCCUCUCGCUCUCUCUCUCUCUCUCUCUCUCACUUCCUCCCUUCCAUCCUCCCUCUAUCUCUCGCUCUCAUUUCCUUUCACCCUUCAUUGAUUUCCAAAGGAGUAAUCAGACAAAAGAGUGGUAGUGCGUAGGGCCGGUCAGUGUGAAUGUGAAUGCCGUGUAGCCCACUAGGGCAAGAGAGGAAGGGUGUAUUUAUUUGUGUACCUUUCUGUUAGCUUUUCUGUAUUGCAGCCUUUUGCCCUUUUCAUGUAUUUUGUGCUGCUGUAAAACUCAGACCUGGAUUUCUCCCACUUCCCACUUCCUGUGUGAGUCUUUCAUUACUUCUGUGUUUAUAAAGGUUGUUAUAUAUUUAAUUACUGUAAAGAGAAGAUGCAGGAUGUCGUUAUUGCUUAAUUUGUUUAUUAUUAUUAUUAUUAUUAUUAUUAUUAUUAUUAUGUUGUGUAAAUAGCAACAACAUCUAGAUAAAUAUUCAUGUAGGUAUCUUUUUAAGACACAAAUCCUUACACGUUAGGCUGCUUGAAGCAAAAUACCUCAGGUUCUAUUGAAAGGCUCUUUUUUUCUCCCCUUGUAACUGUUUUUUUUGUGAAAAUGAAACAAAAAUACAAUGAGAAAAUACAAAAA